AGGUGUUCGUCCAGAGCAGGUGGUUCUUUGGUCUGCAUUUGAGCGAGAAAAUGAAGCUGCUGAGGAACGAGAAGCACCAAGGCUACACUCCUCUGUUCGAUCAGGUCCUCCACCCUGCAAAUCAGAUAAACGGAGAUUAUAAGGAGGGAUACUACUUACGAGUGGAAGUACCAGAGGACGAUCCUCGUGCAUAGUAGCCUCAUUUUGGACCGAACCCCAGGCCUUCUGAGGGUAAACUGCUGUUUAAUGUGGAAAUUCCGGGACGCUGACGGAAGAAUCCAAUUUGUUGGCCUCAGGCGUGCUUGGAUUCCGGCUUUUUCUACGUGAUCAAUCAUGGAGUCAGCCAGGACUUGAUGGAGGAGGUGUUCGUCCAGAGCAGGCGGUUCUUCGGUCUGCCUUUGAGCGAGAAGAUGAAGCUGCUGAGGAACGAGAAGCACCGAGGCUACACUCCUCUGUUCGAUCAGGUCCUCGACCCUGCAAAUCAGAUAAACGGAGAUUAUAAGGAGGGAUACUACAUAGGAGAGGAAGUACCAGAGGACGAUCCUCGUGCACAGAAGCCUCAUUUUGGACCAAACCUCUGGCCUUCUGAGGAUAUAUUGCCAAGAUGGAGGCAGUACCCGAUAGUCACCAUCUUCCCCUUCUAUAUGCAUCAGAUAUUGCCAAGUUCUUGUAAUUUUGAAGGUGGCCCAAUGGGAGUUAAAUUGCCUCUGACUUCUGAACUGAAUAUGCUCUCUUGGUCUCUCAUCCUAUCCUAUGUUAGCCAAAGUAAAACUCUUCUGGUUAUUUGUAGUGGCUGA